GUUAGAGGUGGUGCUUGAUGGCGAGGGAAAUGAAAUUGUAGAGGAAGACGACUGGAUUUGCAGACCUGUGGUAGAAGACGAUGAUAGUCAGAGUGUUCUUCUUUCCACAAAACAAGAAGCCGGCUGGAGUGGUUCUCCUGUGACAGGGAUCUGCAACUCCGAGCAGACUUCAUCUACCUCAAACCCUUCUUCUUCGAACGCAAGGUCUUCUUCUAGUAGCAGUUCUUCUAGCAGCAGCUCUUCUAGCAGCAGUAGCUCGUGGCAAAUUUCGAAUAGCCGGGUCGUACUAGAAACCGAAGACAACCACAACUACCCAUCCACAUCUUUUCCUCUGAGGCCAGCGUCGAGCUCCAGCUCCAGCUCGUCGAGCAGUAGUGGUGGUGGGGGUUCUCGUGGUGACCUAAACAUGAAGAAAAGGAAAAUUACGACGCAAGAACUUGGCGAGCCGCACGACCUGGACGACAUGGUCGUGGAGAAGAACAGCUAUGUAAAUCAGUCGGAUUCAGCCUUGGCGUUGCCUCUGAGGAGCCCGCUCGAAACCGUAGCGGAGGUGGAAAUUUUUACCCAUGAAGAAAACGUCAACCACAACCUCAACGAGCGAAGAAACACCACGACGACGACCAAUAUCAACAGUGACGGAGAAGCUACCAGCAGUACCGCAUCUGGCGAGCUCGCUCCGCGUCACGAGAGGCACAAAGUACUAGAACCCGAGGAGGAAGGUAGUGCAGCUGUGGUCGCAGAAGAUGAAGUACUAGAUGGAAACAACGAUAGUACGAGUACCACAACAGGGGCAUCAACGUCCCUAUCAUCUUCCCAAAACAACUUAGCGCUUCCGUGCCUUCACUGCGGCGAAAACUGGUGUAUGUUGUGCAAACGAGCGGCCCAUCCGGGCCAGACAUGUGAGGCGGCGCGGGUGAAUGCAGAGCGCAUGGAGCGAGAGGUCAGGGAGACUUGCGAACGCAAUGGCUGGAAGAAGUGUGGAGGCUGCGAUGCGUGGGUGGAGCGCACAACCGGAUGCAACCACAUGACCUGCACGUGCGGCUACCAGUUCUGCUACGAAUGCGGGGAAGAGUACUUUACUCCUGCGCACGAGCUCCGCAGAGGUAGAGGGACUGGCAGAGCAGGAACUACAUCUUCAAGUAGUACGACGACAAACGCAAGAACCACUGCGGCAAAUAAUUCGACCACCAACCCAAAUCGGCACUCUCUGGGCUACUACUCCCGAAGCCGCAAAUGCAGCUGCCCUCAAUUUCCGGAACAAAAUAUUCUUAACCAGUUUGACAACCACAAUGUUGCAAGAAAUGGACUCUAUGAUAUUUAUUUCCAACAAUUUGGUGCAGACGCGGCCAAUGCGCAAGUUGGAGUGGUGGACCGGCUUCGCGCACAGCUACUAGAGCACAACGCGGGGGUAUCAAAUGUAAAAAUGUCUGGGUCUGGAAGAUUGAGAGGUUUGUCAUGCAUAUUUUGAAUGAUCCAUGAUGUCUGUGAUGCAUGCCCUAGCAUCACAGAUUUUUCGAGGACUUUGCGAUGCCUCUACCGCAUGAGAAAUGCCCUUUCCGCGUAGCACGAACUGCAGUCCUCUUGCUGGUCAUGCAAUACAAAUUUUUUUAGAAUCCAGAGACAGCAUUACAAGUUUAGAAUCUUCCAGACCCAGACAUUUUUGCAAUCCAUAGGGGGAGCAUGGCGACGAUGCGGCGGCCGUGAGGCGGAACAGAGAUGCUAUCAAAAGCAAAAAUCCCCCCUCCCCAUAUCGAAAAGGUAUGUUUCCGCAAAUUUGUGUUGCUGAUUUGAGGUCGCAAAUCACAUUUGUAUUGCAAGAAGACAAGGGCAGAAGGAGAAGCUUCCGCCCCACUAUGGAAGCGAUUUGUCAUGCUGUUGGGCCUAAAGGGGAGCCGCUUGCCAUGCUGAACAACUAGACGCGUACGCCCCUACCUAGCCUGGGGAUCUGACUGCAAUGCUUUCCCGCAAUACAAACCUGAUUUGUGUACUCAAAUCCAGCAUCAGAAAUUUCGUUUUGAUGUGGGGAGGGGGGAUUUUUCCUUUUGAUAGAUGCUCGCCUCCUUGCCGCGCCAGUUCGGGAGCGCCAACAGCGAGUUCUAGAGGCGGAGAGGCAAAGGGAGCGAGAGCUAGAGCUGGACUGGGCGCGUCGGGCAUGGAGGUUUACCCAGAACCAAGAUAUUACAGUGAAAAGUGCCCCCCACCCCCAAAGUUGCAAAAAUUUGUGAUGCGAAGUUUCCAAAUGAAAACUUUUUGUCAUGCAUGAAAGGAGUAAUGAAUCUUUCUGAUGCAGAUUCUAGUCGUGUUUCGCAUCGCUUGCAUGACAAGCGCCGCUCUUGCUGGGAUCUUUUGCAAUACAAAUUUUUGCUAUUCACGAUCGGAAAUCUGUGAUGCUGAUACAUGCAAGAGGACAAAUGUUUCAUUUGGAAAGGUUUGCAAUACAAAUGCUUUCAAGUUCGGGGGUGGGGGCAUUUUUCAUUGUAAUACAAGAUCGCCGGAGUUUAAUGGCUGCAGCAUCUUCCGUUGUUCAUCAAGGUGCUGUUGUAGCCGGCGCUCCGCGCGAGUACAUUUGGGAUAGCGAGACCACUACAUGGAACAGGAACGAGCUGGCUCACAACGACCUUCGGAGCCGAACAGGAACAAAUAACGCCGCAUCCAGCUCUAGGUACUACUUGCUACUAUCCGAGAAAGAAAAAGAAGGUGAAGUUGCUUGCUUAAAAAUGAGAAUGUUAUUUUUGCUAUUCAUAGAAAUAAAGCAGAACCAUACCGGAUGGAUCUGCGUAAUUGUAUUGUAUUGUAUUUGACCCGCUCUUGUUUCAAACAGAUGCGGUGCUCGCUCUUUGACCAGGCUAUACUUGCGAUGAUCCGUCUGACAACACGGUUGUGGGAGCAGGACGUGCCAAAACCCUUCAACGCGACACACGGCCUCAAGUCGUGGAAGCAGAAGGAGAGCAACGUGCAUGAAGGGAAAUGGGCGCGCUGUGCUGCCCUGCUUCGAGCACUCGCUCCUUAUAGCAGCAUUAUUCAGAGGGUGCACACCGGGCGCACUAACACAGAAUAAUUACGCUACGUGCGUAGGGAGGUGCGCUUCCAGAGCGGCUCCACGGACAUCCGGCAAUUGCCGGACGGGCAGAAUGUAGGGCGCAAGCUGUGGCGGUGGCGGCUCACGCAGGCGGAGCCACCGCCGCCUCUUGCGCCGCCUCCCGGGAACGGUCUUGCGGCCCCGCCAGGGGGGUAAGGUGCCAGCCCAGGCUUUCCAGAAUAGCGCAGGCCCCACCGUUUUCGCCAAUCUUCGGCAAGUGCCGCCGGCUGCGUGCUGCGCACUACGUGGGGCAGUAGGGCUUACGACGGCGCGCCUCCAACCACCAAUACGGCACAAGGCCGCCGGGAGGGGCACGCCAUGCCGGGCCUCCUUGCACACGACGCGGCAACACACUAAAGGGCCCGCCUCGGACUGGUCGGGCGCGGUGUGGCGCUGUGCUGCUCUGGUUAAGCACGCGGACGGCCCUCCGCCGUCUCACUCGCCAGGAGCAUAGUACAGGGCGCACCGGCUUCCAGAGCUGGGCUCGUCCUCAAGAAGAGAACGCCCACCAGGGUCGAGGGGGCGCGCGCUGGACCGCGGGCGCCGCCCUACAUUACUCACCAGGAGCAGCGGCGUGCUGCCGCUUAGUUUGCGAGACUUGACGCGUCUACCUCAGGUAGGUAGCGCAUCUGGGCGCCAGGCCCUUAUCACGACUUCCCUUCCCUCCAGGGGCGGGAGGAUCUGCGUAAUUGCUUCUUUUCAACAUGACCGAUUUCUUGUGCGAGAGGACAUCUGUCCUUCUCAUGCGAAGUCAAUUUGUGUUGUGUAGAAGUAGAUGCUGUAGCUGUUUCUUUUCCUUGAUAUUCAGUGCUUCAAUAUCAAAGCUGAUUUCUACUCUGCAAAAAAUAUUAUGUUCAGCCGGGAGAACAACAACGAAAAUGUUGGGCCGUCGUCGGCGCAGAGUCCCGCCCGCCGCGAAGGUAAUCAGGAUCAACCCCGUACUAGAAGUGCUUGGAUCAAUGAUGGUUCUCGUCGUGCUGGCACUCAGACUGAUGAACACGCUGCGGGAAGCACAAAUUCUAGUACCUGGCGUGUUGACCACGCCGGCGAAGAAGAAGAUGCGGCAAGGAGGAGGAGGAGGAACAACGCCGCCUGGGAGAGAUUGGCUUCGGGACGAUCCAACACGUCGCGUGCGCAUGAUUCAUCCCUCGGUCGUCUUCGCGAGGCAGAAGACGUUGUGGAAGAAGAACUUCCGGUGGACGAACAUCAAAGCGGCCAGGAAGUAGUAGAGCGGGGUAAUACUAGCACCACAUCUUCAAGACGGUCCAGUACUACGAUGACUGCCGCUGAUCUUGAGGGAAUGACGAUGGACCAACUGCGUGAGAUUAUGGCAAACACCCUGCAACGGCGGCGAGAUCGUCAACGAGAGCGAGAACGCCGCCAAGCUGAGGCUAUCAACUGUAAAAAUGUCUGGGUCUGGAAGAAUCCAAACUUGUGACGCUGCAUUUGGAUUCCAAAAAAAUCUGUAUUGCAUGAGCAGCAAAGGGAAUGCAAUUUUGGCUACGCGGAGAGGACAUUUGUCAUGCGGAAUAGGCAUCGCGAAGCCCUCAAAAAGUCUGUGAUGCUAGGGCAUGCAUCACAGACAUCAUGACCCCUGCAAAACGUGCAUGACAAGGCUCAGAAUCUUCCAGACCCAGACAUUUUUACAUUUGAUAGAGGCAGCAAGAAGGGCCGCCCCCGUCGACCUUGAUGAUUUUUACCGCGUGCUCCCUCAAUAUGGGAACGUCAGGAUUGAAAUCGUCAAAGUUGAAAUGAUUUGUCAUGCAUCAAACGGAUACCAGUUGGACCUACAGUUUGUAGUCGGUGCAUGACAAAUUUUCCCGGUCCUGGAAGCGAGUCUGUCAUGCGGUUUAGGGCAAAAGAGCUGCCCUCUGGCAUGCUUGUUAGCAGUCCAACUUUUGACCCUUACCAGGACUAUAAUCUGCCUCCCGUGGGUCCUCUGCAAUAGAGUCGCUUUUUGUAUCGCAUUUUAUGCAUUACAAAUUAUUUCAACUUUGACGAUUUCAAACCUGACGCUUCCAUACUCAAGAGCAGGAAAAUAACGGUCGUUCUCCGGCUCGGAACAAUCGCCCUGGCACGACAUCAACAGCAGGCACGUCUUCCAGGCAGCGCAGAAACAGAGCAGAUCGGCGUAAUGCUAAUGCAGGCGAACUGCCUGCGUGGUGGGAAAGAGUAGCAGGAGCUGCUGGACUACAUGAUGCACAGCGACCUGAAAGAGUACCAGAAGGCGGUGCGCCAGGUGUACGUCCUGGCGAAGAGAAUCAGGAAAACCAAACUGAGACCACCUAUGCAUUGCAAAAGCAUCGUACUAGUAUUAAUUGCGUCACAAAUUUUGGCAAGAAGGAAAGUGGAAUUUGUCAUGCUGUUUUCCCUCAGGAAAAACAUUCGUCAUGCAUAUUUGCAAUUAUUACGAGUGCGAUACUUUUGCACAGGAUGCAACCGAGAGAACAGCCACGGCAGCCGACUGGUGGAACUCCAGUGGCAACCGGGACGCAGUUAUCCACAGAAGACAAGAUGACCCAACAACAACAUCAUCUCCAUUCGUUUUUUGCAUGACAAGCACAGUGACUUCGCAUGCAUGUUUCGCAUGCAAAAUUGGAUGUCGUGGUUUGGGUCUUCGUCUUUUUUCUGUCGAUAGCAGUGCUGCAGCGUUGGAGGACGCGCAGAGGUAUCCUAUGUAAAAACAUCCCCACCCCAGAGUUGUCAUGCAGAUUUGCAAUGACAAGAACAUUUGUGAUGCGGACCCCUAUGAUGGGCAUUUCCUGUCGUGUUUUGGAAUUUGUAAUGCUGUAAAGAGGAUCCGUAUCUCGAUUUGUCAUGCGGCUGUCCUUCUUAACCUGCACUACACUGCGAGCUGUAACUUGUCAUGCGUGGCGUUCAAAACUCCUGGAUCUGUGUUGCAGAGAUCCCAACUACACUAUGGUGUGGGUACGGUUUUAAUCAGGAUAAGAGGAGAUACUACAUCAACUGGCGCGGCCAGCACCAGAGUAAAUGCUGCCACAGGUGGAGAGCAGGGCGGAAACGACAGGGGAAACAACAGCCGCAACGCCGCCAAUAUCCGUGCCGGAAGCCGCGAAGUAUUAAUCCGGCGCAGAAGAAAUGGGACUAAUGCUAAUAGGGCCAUGAAUGGGAUAGCAUUAAACGACGCCGAGAACAACGAUGACGAAGACGCUGCCGAAACUACUCAAGGGGGAACAGCAAGAUCAGGAGCUUCUUUGGCGGCCGAGAACAAUACUAAUGGUUAUGGUUUGUCUACUUGGAGUGAAUGGUACUCGUGGAUGCGCCACGACCUCCAGAACACUGGCGAAAGCGGAGGCUACAGACCGAGACCUUGGAAUUCUUGGACGAUCCCGGAAGAUGUUGAGCAGCCUGCGGCUUCCGCGCAACUCCCCAGCGAUGCUGGGGUAGGCAGGUUUGAAGAUAGUACACAACGACAGCACUUCGGUGAGAUGAUGAUGAAUGCUGUUGAUGACAAUCGCAAUCGUCCUACUUCAAGCACAGCAACAGCAUCUUCUUCUUCAUCUUCGUCCAUGAGCAACCCUACUCCUGCUCCUUCGGCACAAGAAUUGGCUCCCAUUCCGUGGCACCCCUUCAUCGGUACCGCUUCAAACGAACAAAAUGCCGAUGCGCGAGAACGACCACGGGGAGCAGUAAUUUCAGGGCACCGAGAUGUUCUUGAGUACUCGCCUAUAGGUGGAACAGCACACCUUCGAAUUUUGUCCGAAACGGCUGUAUCACAGAGAAAAAAAGCAGGUGGGAGGGCAUAGUUGUAAAUACAGACCUAGAUGACUAACAGAAAGAUGACCAUAUAGCAUUCCGCUUAAGAGGACACACGAGAGAGAUUUUCUUGCGUGUUUACUAUUUUGGCAUUACAAAAUAAAAAUAUGCCCUGCCUGUCAUUUACAUUUUCUCUUGGAUAGGCCGAGCCGGCCACUAGCAGUCGUCCUUCUCUAGCCCCUUCCACCGUCACGGCCCCGAUUUCGUCCAUUUUGAACCCAGACGCGCCCGAGUUCGUGCCUGAUCGCGUUACGCACCCGUACCGGGCGUCGACAAUUCGUGAUGAACAGGAAGGGGGAUUGCAUCGAAGCACUGCCGUAGGGGCACAGGCACAACUCAUGCAAAAGUAUUUGGAUAUUUUGAUUUACGUGGUUUUUUUAGUACACAGGGAGGAAUAGUGAAGAUUUAUUUCACCAUCAUAAUCAUAUCAAGGCGAAGCUUGCUGCUCCUUCGAAAUAACGCCAUUGACCUCUAUCAGAAAACGAAGAAUACAUAAAAGCUAUACCGUGCCGCCGGUACUUCUGCGGAGCACACCUUCAUUGCCUUGGCCGCCAGCACCGGACUCCACAAGCCCGCCCGAGGGUAGUGCCGCUCGCGGGCCGGAAAGGUCCUCGAGCCCCCCGCCCAGCUUCUUAUCAAUGCCCACCUUACAACCCGAUCUUCCUGAUGCGUCAGUUAUUCAAUUCCCACUUUACCACCAGUUUUCGCUCCCGGUCCCGUCGGGAAGCCGGGGAGUUGAGGGUUCCGCUGCAGGAGCUUCGCGAAGUGCUGGCCGACGAACAGGUAUCCUUUACUUAUUACAGCAGUCCCGCUUGUUCAAUGCAGGUCUCGGAAGAAAAAAUGCUUGCUUGCGGACAAAAAUGUGGAAAGACUUUGACGCAGCAGCUGCAUGCUAUGUAAUUUUACACGCACAUCCUCGCAAUGAAGAUGAAGCAAGCUGCACGAGGACUGUAAGACAUGUAACGUAAAUUUGUUUUUGGCUCGUGGUGCCCCCUGCGUAGAUUGAUCUUGACCGGGGGACUAGACUUCGCCGAUCUGUCCUCAUUCAAGGAAACCAAACCACGGUUUACUUUAUCAGGUACUGAAAACCGUUUCGCCGCCCUUCAACGAGGACAGCGAGAGCCAAUGCCCCCGCGACGCUGGAAUGACACCGCGGAGGAGUAUUUUUUCCGACCAUGGCUCCCGCCGGACCAGCUCGAGCCUGAAGAUCGGUCGGGGGACGAUGACAGUGAAGCAGAAGCUGCGCCGCCUUUUAGUGAUGAGGAAGAUCUACUUCAUGCAGUGGCCUCCAAUCUGCGGGGGGAACAGGACGAACAAUUGUCGCAAGAGGAAGGAGACGAGGACCUCCGUAGCGGCGGGGCGCCAGCCAGCGGCGUAGUGCACGAGCUGCUGGCGGAGUUACAGGCGGGAGAUACCGGCACGCCAAACGGUACAGAGAGAUAUGAAUUGCAAAACCAUCGUACAAGUCUAAAUUGCACUACAAAUUUUCUCAGCAUGAAAAAUUGAAUUUGUCAUGCUGUUUUACCUUGGAAAGGAAAUUUGUCAUGCAUCACUGCAAUUAGUACAACGAGUGCGAUACUUUUGCACAGGAUAAGAGACGUCGCGCGGCCAUCCUGAGAAUAGCACAAGCAGGGGCGCGCGGCGUCAGAACGAAUGACGCGACUGAUCUACGUGCACCGGAAAAUAGCGCUUGGCGAAGGUACUUACGAACGCGAUAUAAUCGUCCUAGACGAGCAGGGGCGCGGCGCUCCUUCGUAAAUAAUGCGAGGAGAACUGCAGCUCCUGGCGUCCCUUGGAUGUUGCAACCAGGUGCACUAGCGAGGUUCUUUCGGGCGUCCAACAGCAGUCGUGCUGAUGCCCAGGCUCUUGUUCGGCGGGGGAGCGGGGUAGGCAGCGAUGAUGAUGAUGAUCGUGUACUUGUGCAUGUUGAAGUGGAAACAGAAAAUCCAGCAGCUGCUUCCGCUGACAAUUAUACCAGAAUUCAGGAACACGAACAAGGUGCUCCUGCACAGGAGGAAGAGCGGCUCGAGCUGCAACGUGAUCAGAAUGCAGAGUGCUGGGAUCGUCAUCCGGAUUUGGAACACACCAGUAGACCACCGGCGACAAAUUCUAUUGCAAGCAGAGCUGCGUCCCCACCUGCCCCGGCUGUGCUGCCUGAAGUAGGAGGAACAUCAGUAGGACCGGUAGGGCCGUCGACUCUGGUACACCAGGUGGAAGACGAGGCCCUGGCGGCACGCACCGGCAGGGGUGGACCACAGGAGCUACCACCGAAUGAGCACGCAGAUCUCGGCUCAUUAUUUCGACCGGGGGCAACUUGGGAAGAAAGAGCGCAACAACUAGCAAGAUUGAAGAGGGACAGUGGUAGCACCGCCGCGACGCUCGCACGGGCGCGGCGCGUUCAAGGGAGCACCACGACCACUCGUGCUGAUGAAGUAGAUUCCCAAGGUCGUCAUCUUCGGGGAACUACGAGCAGCCCAAGUACAAGCAACGAUUAUGGUCGUGAUAUACAACAACUGCAAGAGGAGGAACAAGAAGAAGAACAUCAUGAGCAAAGCGCAGCAGCAGCUUCAUCUACGGUUCUUACUAGCCGAAAUGAUCGGGAAGAUGGAGUGGAUGCUAGUACAACCACCGCACAGGACGGCGACCUCCUGCAGGACGAUCAGAAUACACAAAGUCCUGAUGCACCAUCUUCGACUGCUGUGCCUCAUCUGGGACCAGCAGUAGUAGAACAAGGACCUCCCGCUUCUGCGACCACUACGAAUACAUCUUUUUUUCCUACGAACAACAGCGAUCUCGUCACCAGACCGGCACCUUCUGCCAGGACUCCGGGACAAAUUCUGCUCACGGAACUCCUCGGAGGGCGCAGGGGGGCCGGUUUUUCAAAUGAGCAGCACAGUAGUUUCAGCUUUUCCGGGUUUUCAAUUCCUGAAGCUCAAGCCCCAGCUGCUGCUGGGCCAUUCCCCUUGACGGGACCCAAUACAGCCCUAAAUCCGAUCGAUUUGUUUCCAAACACUUAUCUACCCGAUGAAAUCAAUGCACAGCAAGGCGCUACCACUAGUAGCGCAUCCUUGAUGAAUAUGAUACAACCACCGAUGAACUACAGCACUAUCAAUAGGAACUACAACAACUCUAGCUUCCCCUUCCCCGCCGCGCCGGCAGCCCCAGCAGCAGUUCCCUUGGCCGUGGCAGCCCCUGCUGCCCCCACGGCACCGCCGCAAUUGUUUCAUUCGCCGCAAGAACAUGAUGAAACCAUUUCUACCACAUUCACUCCGGGAGGUCAUUUUCCUGCCCUUCCUGAUGCAGCACGACCAGAAGCGGCUGCUCCUGCGCUGGGAGAAGAAAGUAAAAAUCUUCGCGUCAACAACGACGCGGUCGACAGUGUCGAACAACCAAGAAGUGAACAAGCGACAACUGAAGAACAACAUCAACCAAGAAAUUUCAGUACCGGAACUAUUUCAGAAGCACAACCCGAUCUCCACAUCGAUGCGGCAACUUUUGCCCGUCUUUCUUUCGAAGCCAACGUCAACCGUGUGUUGGAGCAAGCUCGUGUAUCUUACGGGGAGCACCAGAAGAGAACCAUAGUCGAGGAGGACCAGCGCACAAUGAUGGCUGGGACUACACCUAGCAGCGGUGGUGCCGGUCGUGGGGCGGCGCUGCCAGCGGAGGACAACGGUGGUCAGGUUGAUGGUCCUCUUCAAGGUGUGGACCCUCACCCUACUUCAGACAAAGACAAGGAGAGCACUACAACAGGACGAGGUGAAAAUCGAAAUCCUGAACAACAAACUCAAACUGCAAGCACGAAAAGUACCAACCAGACAGCUCCAUCGCAGCUUCUGGAGGAAAAAUUACUGCACGACGAUAGUACCAUUUCCACUUCCUCGCCGGCAACCGCAGUAUCUGCAACAGGUGAAACAACAGCAUCCACUUCAGAAACUGAAACAAGCCCAAGUUAUUCCGAAACUAACCCUCAUGGUCUCCUUGACCGCAUAAAUCUUUUCGGCCGUUUGAACCAUUCUAUCAGCGACGACAUUGUUGAGUUAUUCUUGGUGUUGAACGAAAACAAUGAUCAACACCAAGUAAAAGCAGAAGCACGGCGACGGGCAGAGGCACAAAACUACAUUGCCGACCUCGAUAAUGUCGGCCUGGAUGAACUAAUAGCCCAAGUUGACGCCCAGAAUCGACAAAAUUUUGACUAUCAAAUGCAAAAAUGUCUGGGUCUGGAAGAAUGCGCGACUUGUCAUGCAGCUUUUCCAUGACCCAUGAGGUCUGCAAUGCAGGACCUAGCAUGACAGAUUCUGUGCGAUCUCUCUCAUGCCUAUCCUCCAUGACAAACUCCUUUCCGACUUGGUCAAAACUGGACGACUUUUGGUAAUCAUGCAACACAGAUUUUUGCAUGCUUGAGAUUUAGCAUGACAAGUUGCAUCCUUCCAGACCCAGACAUUUUGACAUUUGACAUUGACCCAAACUGGACGAAUCGGAAUCCGGCGAGGCGAGCUCUUCUCCUGGAUGAAAGUAACAUCACCAGAUACACGGAAUAUUUGAAAUUGUUAGCGAAAUUAUUGCACGAAAAAUUCCUGCUGCACGCGUUCGACCAGACUUUUGACGCCUACAACUACACCGAUUUGGUGCACAAAAUUUCGGACAAGUAUACUCCUGUUUUGCUGUAGUUGUACAAAACUGUUGGGCUCGGGGCUGUUUUGUUGUUGAGCUACGUCGCGAUUGUGAAUCUAUGUUGACCGCAAGAAGAUUGAAAUUCUAAUUACAGGAGUUGUGUUCCUGUAACUGUGUCUUUUUCUGCAUCAUGGCGAUCUUCUACAUUGCAGGGGAUUGUCUAAGCGAUCUUUAACAAAACUCAGGUUGGUUUCCAGUAUUUCACGACCAAUCACUACCCCGAACGACGAACAACGACCGCGAAGAUCUACAUCAACCCCUCCCCUCACUCUAACCACCGCCCUGUUAGCUCAGUGCCAGGCGCAUCUGGAUGCGUACAAACUGUGGCGUUGCGGCAAUCAAUCCGUGAACAGCGCUGCCUCUUUGCGGCUGCCCGGAGCGACGACAGCGGUAUAAACUUGAAUAUGAGCAGCUCAGUUCAUUAUUUUGUAUUUGCAGUUCGUGGACGAGGUAGACGACAUAGAAGACCAUGACCACGCCAUUGGAUGAAAAAAAUAUAUAACAUCAGCCUGCAUGAUCUGGAAAAUUGUCUCAAAGUCAAAUUGUAAUUAUCAAAAAACAGCUGCUCGCACCUCAUCUUCCGGAGCAAAAAGGUGAUCUUUCUGAGGACGGAAUUACGAAACCGAGUUGCCUGUGGUUCGUCUCGUGGUCCCUGGAGGACGCGGAGGACCUAUCGGCCGACGAAAUAAAUUUUUGGCGGAGUUUUUCAAAAUCGACCGUGGAGGAACUGGCAAACCUGCAACUAGUCAUGUGCUUUCACAUCCAAAACGUCGGAGGACAAGACCUUAUCCCAGCGGGGUGGCUCCCUGCCUCUUUACGUGCUUUCUUGCCACAAACCAGCGAGCCGAUCGGUCCACCCGGAGGUAAUGUUACUCGAACGUCGACGUCGGGCGUCCUGUGGGCUGCGAUUCGGAUUUGGUUGAAAACGGAAAGUUUCAUUCACGGAAGUCGUGGUGGGCCGGGCGUCGAGACUCGGACGGAGGCCGUCCUGCGGUGGUCUGAAACUGGUGAACCAGAAAUCGAAACAAAUAGUAGACUUGUGGUUGCACGACUGAAUGAGGAGCAGCAACGACGAGAGUUUCUGCUUCAGCUAACCAAUUUGGGGAACAAUUCUGCGACGAGAAGCGGAACCGCGGGUGUUGCUUCAGAGCGAGUCCUCGCAAUGGAACCGGACGAAUUCGGGGAAACUGUGCUUGCUGGUGAAAACAGAACAGGUGCAGAGCAUGUCAGUGGUGACAACAGUUCUACAUCUACUAGCGAGCUGACCUGGUUGUAAAAAUGAAGAAAAGUAGAUCGUACUGUUUCAUCAAAUCUAAUGAAGCGACCGAAAAAUAAAUUUUUCUGGAUGUAAAACGAACUUCAAAUAAUAAUCCAACUACUGUCGGUAGUUGCUACAAUUAUGUAGUCCGUUGUACAGCCCAGCCUUUUAUAUCAAAAAUUUUAUCGUUUUUAUGUUUUUCCGGCGUCAAGGCCGGACUUUCUUUCACGACAGUCAGAAACGACAAAACUACUUGAAGAAGUAUUUUUAAAGAUCAGUUGUGUUUGAACAAAAUGUGGCCUCCGCUACCGACGCGCAGUGGUCUCCUGCGACGAGGAAAAGCGACGGCCCUUCCUCGACUUCACUCGCGCGUACGAAUAGCCCCGAACUCAACAGCGUGACGUCUGGCGAGGUGCGCGACUGUGGGCGUGUCCACAGUGCUGGCACGUAGGGCAGCAACUCGCUGGCAUCCGCGAAGUCCUGGACCUGCUUCUGCCUCGGCACGGAGGAUGAGUGGUUUGCGUCCCACUGAGUGGACACCUCGACCCCGGGCGGCACCUCGACCUUUGGCAGGUCCGGUGCGUGUGCCGGGCGGUGUGUACACCUGCGCCGACACGGCCCAGGGGAGGCCGUCCUCUCCGUGCAGGGUCACCGAGGUGACCGCUGUGUUCCUGCUUGCUCCUUCUACCGUGACCCGGCAGCCCGUGCCGGACUUGGUCACGCCUUUUGUGCCUUUGCGCACCAGCGACGCGCCCCCUCCUCCUGCAGACUCCUGCGCUGCCUGCACGUCCGCCACCUCGAACUCCGGUAGGUACUCCGUUGCAAACCAACAGACAUAGGCUUCGUCGGCCCAUGUCUCCUUCAGGUGGAUCACGUCCACCUCGUUUGCGUCGGCCCACUCCCGCAGCGCCGCUCCUUUCGUCGCUGCCCCCGGGGGGUCGCUUUUGUUCAACGACUGGACGUUGAGGUCUCCUACUCUUGUGGCCCCUUUUACCUUUGGGCGCGUCUGCCAUGGUCCUGCAACUGCAGCUCCAUUGGCGUUGCCUGGUCCUUGUUGAUAUUGCUGCAAAGCAGGCGGGCCGAAGCACUGUUGUUGCGGGGGGGAGUUGAGGUUCUGUUGCAGCGGCUGGCCGAACUGGUUGGUCUGGCUCUGGUGGAACGGUUGGAGAGGUGUGGGCUGGUUAGGAGGACCUGGCUGCUGCACCGGUUGGCCUUUACCUUGCCCCGGCGGCCCCGUUGGCCACUGUUGGAAGUGCGGUUUUCCUCCUCCUUUCACAUACAUCUUCCUCUGUUCGUUCGCUCGUACCGAAGUCCUCCGUCUGGGGGCCACCCCGACGUUGCUUUGUGGACUUGAGAUAGAGGAUUAGGAAGAGGACCGGGGACGAGGAAAAACAUUUUCAUACUACUGCUGCUGUUUGUUUGAAAAAAAAAAGAAGAAGUAUUUUUAAAGAUCAGUUGUGUUUGAACAAAUAAAUGUGGCCUCCGCUACCUCAUGUUUCGAUUUUAAGCACGAUUCGUUUUUCGUGAUACACGACCCAUUCAUGUGUUUUUGUGAAGUUGUCUAUAAUGACCUACCUAAAGAUGCAGAAAGAAACACCUAUUUAUUGUUCUUCUAAAUCAUCUUCACGGCCUUGUUCCUUUGAGAAUGAAUAAUGAAGUUUUUUCGUGAAUUUGAUAUCAAGGAUUGCAUUGCCUCCGGGGUCGUGAUCACUCCCGUAUUUG